CACUGUACAGUGUCCUCCUUCAGGGGUCUCAAAUAAAAUUAAAAAUAUUAAACCCGAAUACCCAAAUCUAACCCUCCUACCCCAAUCCAAUUGCAUCUUUUAAGCAGGCGUGAAUGCUCUGUUCCCCUAAAUCGCGUUCCACCCCUUUCUCGUCGAUCAAUUACCUCUAUUUUAAACCCUAAUUUUGUUCAUUCACUAUCUCAAACCCUAAUUCAACAUCUCCCAAUCAAUGCGCCGAUCCGUUUGAUUCGGCUGCUAUACACAACACGACGCCGCUUUGUUCCAGUCGACAAUGGCUGUAUCAGACGUGAAUCAGCUACAGAUGGUGUCGAGCUCCACGACGUCGUUUAAUGAUUUGAUUGAUUCGCAGAAGGAGCUGAUUCAAAGCCAGAUUGAACAUCUGCAGAAUUUAGUUGUCGCGCAAUGUGAACUCACCGGCGUCAAUCCUCUCUCUCAAGAAAUGGCAGCUGGUGCUCUUUCAAUUAAAAUUGGUAAAAGGCCAAGAGAUUUGCUUAAUCCCAAGGCUAUGAAGUAUAUGCAAUCAUUUUUUUCUAUUAAAGAUGCAACCAACAAGAGGGAGUCUAGAGAAAUCAGUGCUCUUUUUGGGGUUACAGCCACACAGGUUCGAGAGUUUUUUAACAGUCAACGCACGAGAGUAAGGAGAUUUGUUAGGCUAUCUGGAGAGAAGGCAAAUAGAUCCAAUAAAUGUAAAGAAGAACAGGAAGGACCAUUAUCCUCCAAUCCUGACAUACCUAGUAGUAUACUUCCCCUGAAUACAGUGGCUCCUAUCAAUACUGAAGGGCCUUCAUGCUCUACACAAGAUGAAGAUAUUCCGCUUGGCAUGAAUGAUGUGGACAAACAUUUUGUUGAGAACAUCUUUACUUUAAUGCGGAAAGAAGAUAAGUUUUCUGGACAGGUGAAAUUGAUGGAAUGGAUCUUGCAGAUUCAGGAUUCUUCAGUACUCAAUUGGUUCUUAACUAAAGGUGGAGUUAUGAUUUUAGCAACAUGGUUGGGUCAAGCAGCAAUGGAAGAACAAACAACUGUCCUUCAUGUCAUUAUUAAGGUCCUUUGUCAUCUCCCGCUACAUAAAGCUCUUCCAGCUCACAUGUCUGCAAUAUUACAAAGUGUAAAUAGGCUUCGGUUUUAUAGGUCAUCAGAUAUCUCAAAUAGAGCAAAGGUUCUUUUAUCUAAAUGGAGCAAAUUAUUUGCGCGGAGCCAAAAUUUAAAGAAACCCAAUGCUGUGAAAUCUACAUCUGAAUGUCAGGAUGAGAUGCUAUUAAAGCAGAGCAUUGGUGAAAUAAUGGAAAGUGAAUCCUGGGAGACGAAAGCUGAUAACCUUCAGGACCCUGCUAUUAAAUGUUAUUCUGGCACAGAGAACUCAAGGAAGUUGGAGUCUUCACAGCCAUUGAAAUUGCUUUCUUCAGUGGAUGACUCUAAGAAACUUGUUAGAGGUUCUUCAUCCCAAGAAACCAGAGAGCGUAGAAGAGUCCAGCAGUUGGAGCAACCUGGACAGAAAGUUACUGGAAGAAGUUCACAGCUUGCAAGGUCGCUACCUGCAACUCAAGGGCGACCUCUUUCAGCUGACGAGAUCCAAAAAGCCAAACUACGUGCUCAGUUUAUGCAGAGCAAAUAUGGGAAACCCCUUGCUACUUCUGAUGGAAGCCCUAAGAAAGUGUCUAAUCCUCAAGUUAGUGGGCCUCAGUCUUCAUCAAAGUCGUAUGUACGCACUAAAGUUGAGGAGCAAAAGAAGCCUCUGACUAACGAGCCAAAAGUAGCGUCCAUAUCUAACAAGAUGAAUCAGGAUGUAUAUGAGCCUGCAUUUAAAAAGAUCAAGAGGGAGCAGAUUUCAUGGCAGACACCCCCAGAAAUGAGAAUUAAUAUUGGCUGGAUGGUUGGCACUGGUGUAGAUAGCAAAGAAGUAGAGUUCCAGAGAAACAGAAUUCGUCGGGAGAAAGAAAUAAUCUAUAAAACAAUCCAUGAAAUACCUUCAGAUCCCAAGGAACCUUGGGAUCGUGAGAUUGAUUAUGAUGACUCAUUGACCCCGGAAAUACCAAUCGAACAGUUGCCUGAUGCUGAUGGCACAGAAAUAAUUGCUUCUCAGAGUCAAAAUGAAGUUCCAGUUACUUCUGCAGCCACAACAUCACAAAGUAGUAAUGUGAUAACGAAUGGGAACAUGCCUGAGCCUGAUUUUGAAUUGCUUGCCGUUUUAUUGAAAAACCCAGAUCUUGUUUUUGCAUUGACGUCUGCAGAAGGUGGUGGUAACUUAUCAAGUCAAGAUACUAUGAAAUUACUUGAUAUGCUCAAGUCAAAUGGGGUUAGUAGUGCUGUCAGUAGUUUAACUGGUAUAGGCACCAAAGCCCCGGAGCAGAUUGAAGUUUCUCUUCCAUCCCCAACUCCUUCCAGCAAUCCUGUAACGAGUGGAUGGGAAGCACAGAGCUCGAGAAAUUCUUUUUCAUGGCAGCCCUCUACAGUUUAUGGAGAAGAAAGUCACAUUUCAGCUGUUAUUGCCACAGUACAACCCCAUGUAUAUUCUACUGGCACGGUUCUACCCUAUCCCCAAAGACCAGUAAUUGCCCCGGCUCCGGCGGAACCAAUAGUCACAGAAACGCCAAUGUAUCAAAGAGCUACAAGUGCAACAUUGCCUGAGCGAGCCCGUGUUGCAGUCCCCUUAAAUCAAACUGCUUCAGAAACUCUCCAAAACCAAAAUAAUUUUACAGUCAGUAAUUUGGCUCAACACAAUUCUUUGGCUGCUCCUUUACAGAUGCCCAACUUAAUGCCAACAUCAGCUCGGUCUCAAAUGAGGCAACCCUCAGCAGACGUCCCUGAUGCUCGUUUUUCGACAGCCUCUUGGAGGGAUCAACCGAAUCUGACUCCAAACUCUGAAUUUCACACUAAUUAUAAUAACUAUAAUGCAUAUGCUGGAGGAACUCAGCAGGCUCUAAUAGUUCCUCCAAGUAAUAGAAAUGAAACGGUUGGUGAUACGUGGUAUGAUACUUGGAGUCCAGAUAACAGUCCGGUUCGAUCACAACCACCUGUUUGGAGUUAUGGACAGGCUAGAACAACUAAUGGUCAAAAUUAUAGGGUUGAUAGGUCGAGGCCGCAGCUGCAACCGCGGCACCCUGAGUUCAGGGAUCACGCCCGGCACGGUGACCGUAGAUGGCGUGACCAGAGAAGAUAAUUUUGUGCUAUAACAGGUAGCUGGCCUGUGCAACAUGUCGAUUGCGGUUAACUUGUCUAGAGGGUAGCUGAGGUUCCAUUUUUUUUUUCUUAUUGAUGAAGGAUGUUUUCUUGUGUUUCACCCGAGCUCAACAUUUUGUUACUAAUUUGGCAAAGAUUUAUCAAAGUUUAGUUCGACGUUAA